AUGCAGCGGCCGGAGGCCUGGCCACGUCCGCACCCGGGGGAGGGGGCCGCGGCCGCCCCGACUGGGGGCCCGGCGCCGCCCGCCCGAGCUGGAGAGCCCGCGGGGCUGCGGUUGCAGGAACCUUCCCUCUACACCAUCAAGGCCGUUUUCAUCCUAGAUAAUGACGGACACCGCCUGCUGGCCAAGUAUUAUGAUGACACAUUUCCCUCCAUGAAAGAGCAGAUGGCCUUCGAGAAAAACGUCUUCAAUAAGACCAGCCGAACUGACAGUGAGAUUGCAUUUUUGGGGGGCAUGACCAUCGUCUACAAGAGCAGCAUCGACCUCUUCCUGUAUGUGGUGGGCUCAUCCUAUGAGAACGAGCUGAUGCUCAUGUCUGUUCUCACAUGCCUGUUUGAGUCCCUGAACCACGUGCUAAGGAAGAACGUGGAGAAGCGCUGGUUGCUGGAGAACAUGGACGGAGCCUUCCUGGUGGUGGAUGAGAUUGUGGAUGGCGGCGUGAUUCUGGAGAGUGACCCCCAGCAAGUGAUCCAGAAAGUGAAUUUUAGGGCGGAUGACAGCGGCUUGACUGAACACAGUGUGGCCCAGGUUCUUCAGUCUGCCAAGGAACAAAUUAAAUGGUCGUUACUGAAAUGA